AUGGGCGGCUGUGUAUGGUCCAAGCAGGAGACUAGCUUGACGGAGUUGAAGGACCUGCACCGCUUCUUGGCUGAUGCUGACAUCCGGCUCGUUCGCUUCGGCUUUCUGCAGGCGCUCCUCCGCGAAGGGCGCUUGUGGCCAAGACGCCAGGAAGCGGAGCACGAGACAUUCUGGCACGAUUGGAGACAAGAAUCCUUGAGCGCGCUGGUGGCUGCGGAUGACCUCUACAUUGCUGCGGAUCGGUUCCAGCUUCGCGGCCGAUCCGACGUACAUUUGGUAUCUGUCUCGCAUUGCUGGGAGGCCCAGCAGCACCCCGACCCAUGGGGUUUCCAGCUCAAGUCUCUCGUCUCACGGGUGGAUGCAGAGUUCGGGACCUUGCUCAGCCGAAGGGGAAGCAGCCGUGAGGUCUUGCUGUUUGUUGAUUUCAUAUGUCUGCCUCAGUAUCUCCGAACGGAGCCUGAGCAGGCACGCUUCAAGUGCGCGAUGAAUUCCAUGCAUUUGCUUUAUGCACAUGAUGCAUUUCGUGUUUGGCGACUGGAGGAGCUAACUCCGCAAUCCAUGAAGAGAUCCCAUCCCUCCACGAUUGAUAUCUACAGUGACGACGCCAAGAGGCUGGGUCCGCAGCCUUUUGAGCAGCUUAUUUUGAACACGACCCCCUAUCAACAACGUGGGUGGUGCGUGGCCGAGACGCAAUGGAUGGCCACACACGCUAUGGUUACAUAUGCGCCCAUGAUCCCAGAGCGUUUCAGAGAGCGCGUCAGGGCCGAAGGAAAACCCUCAUCUUUUGAUGGGCUGGUCCUACGGUUCACGCACAGGUCCGACGCAGAGCCUGUGAUGCAGCUUCAGGAGAAGAUCUUCGAACUGGCUGCCCUGAGCCGCAAACGGGCCUAUCCCCAGAACUUAGACCUGCGGCAAGUGUUGUUCUUGGCAGAGGCCCUGCAGCGUUUCGAGAAGUUAAAGAUCCUGAAUCUUGGUCACCGAAACAACGUAGUCGGGGAUGAAGGAGCUGUUGCUUUGGCAUGGGGGAUCAUGGCCUGUCCCCUUGAAGUCCUAGAUCUGGAAGGCUGCCAGAUCGGCGCCAGGGGGGCUGCUGCAAUUGCAGGCUUUUGCCAUGACUCCAAGACCUUGCAAAAGUUGGACAUGGACAAAAACCCGAUAGGGGAGGAAGGGGCCAUCUUUGUUGCUGGAGGGCUCGCGGCCAAUACAACCAUCCGUGAUGUGUUUUUGCGCGGCUGUGAGAUCGGGCCCAUUGGCGCCGAUGCCCUUGCAGAGCUACUUUGCCGGAAGUCCAUGACGUUGUGCAACAUCGUGCUAUGUGACAACCCCUUCGGGGAGGAAGGGGCUGUGGCCUUGGCAUCAGGAUUAAGGGGCAGUCCAUCUGUCAAGUUUGUUUGGAUACAAAGAUGCCAGGUAGGUCCUGGUGGGGCGACGGCACUGUCACAGCUCUGCCGGGAAAUGAAGCGAUCCUUUUACCUCAACGCCCUCGAAAACCCUCUCUCCGACGAAGGCCGCCGGCUGCUCGAGGAGAUCAGCAGGACCUCGAAGCACGUGCGCAUAGAAUGA